AUGAUCAGCAAGGGUGGAAGUGAAGCCCUUUUGCAAACCCUGGUGGACACAGCUCGGACGUCUUCCCCAGAUUAUGACAUCCUCCUUCCUCUCUUCCGGCUGUUGGCCAAGGUUGGCCUAAGAGAUAAAAAGUUCGGACAGAAGGCACUGGAAUUGGAGGCACUUGAUGUAACAUUGAUUCUGGUCAGGAAAAACCUAUCCAACAGCCAGAACCUCCUUCACUGUCUUUGGGCUCUGCGUGUGUUUGCCUCCAGUGUCACCACAGGAGCCAUGCUGGGGAUUAAUGGAGCAAUGGAACUUCUUUUCAAGGUCAUCACCCCUUAUACCCGGAAGCGCACGCAUAUAAUCAGGGCAGCCGCUGAAGUUCUGGCAACACUGCUGAAAUCCAAGUCUAACAGCCGCAGGGCAGUGAAUCGUGGCUAUGUCCCCAGCUUGCUCAGGCUGCAUCAGGACUGGCACAGCCAUGACUCAGUCAACACCUAUGUGCACAUUCGCCGUGCAUUCCUGCUCUGCCUCAAGCACAUUUCCACCCUCCGGUACGGCAGAGAGGCCUUCCUGGCAUCUCAGGGCAUGGAGAUCCUCUUCAGUACCACACAGAACUGCCUGGAUAACAAAAGAAUGGAGCCCAUCAUUUCAGCGGUUCUUCAGAUCCUGAGGCAAUGCUGCCCUAAGAGCCCCCUGCCCUUGCCCACGGCCAGCAGUGCCUAUGCCUUCCCUCUCCCUGACAGCAUCACCUUUGAGCCUCCACGAGUUCUAACUGAAGAGGAUUUUGACGAUGAUGGUGAUGAAGAAAUAGACAAAGAUUCGGAUUCUGAAGAUGUGAAAGAGGAAGACGAUGACUUAGAAACAGAUGUGAACAGACUAAGUUGCAAACCUGGCCUUGACCGACCUGAAGGGGAGCUGGAACAGUAUGAGGCGAUGUGUCCUGAGCUCUCCUGUAGCUUUCAGGAACUUGAAGAUGACUUGCAGUUUGAAGAGACUCUGUGUGCCAAUCACCACCACAUUCCUACAGUUGCCUCCUCAAAGCAGCCUUGCUUGGAUAAGGACCAAAGCCACCGGGGACUUGAAAGAGAAGACAUUGUCCAGAUUUCCCUUCUGAACAUGGUGAAGACUGGGAGGUCCACUGUGCAUCUAACUUCUAAAAAAUACCCUGUAAUAAAAACUUACCAAAAUGUCUCAUCCAAUGGUCUUCGGAUAGAUUCUUCUGGAAGUGAAAUCCCUAACAUUCAGGCUUCCCUCAAGGAUCCAGCUUGGGACAUAGAUGCAAUUUCCUGUCCAAAGAUGAGUACCUCCCCAGGCAAUCCUACUCUGACUAGAGACAGUGUUGAAGUAAUAGAAGAGCUUCUGAAAAUACAUCCCAAAGAUGUCCCGUUCCAUGAUCCCGAACUCUAUAUGGCUAAAGCCAGAAGAACUAAAUCUGUGGCAGACUUCAAGAUGGUGGCAUUUCCUGAUCUCUGGGGACACAGCCCACCUCUCUCUAGCCAGUCUGUGUUGGAACGCAAAUGUGGAGUUCAGAGGAUCAAGAUAUUUGAGGAUGUUCAGAGGCUUCUCCAGCCAAAUGAAAUCAUCAACAAAGUUGUCUUCAGUUUGGAUGAGCCUGAGUCUUUGGAAGACUUUAGUGCUUCUCAUUGCUUGAGAUUCUUCUCUAAAUUUGAGUCAGGAAAUCUUCGCAAAGCCAUCCAAGUACGAGAGUUUGAGUAUGACUUGUUGCUCAAUGCUGAUGUGAAUAGCACCCAGCACCAGCAGUGGUUCUACUUCAAGGUGAGCGGUAUGAGAGCUGCUGUCCCUUAUCGUUUCAACAUCAUCAACUGUGAGAAGCCCAACAGCCAGUUCAACUACGGGAUGCAGCCAACCAUGUAUUCAGUGAAGGAGGCUCUCCUCGGCAAACCUACCUGGGUACGGACGGGCUUUGAAAUCUGUUAUUAUAGAAAUCAUUACCGCCUGAGUGCAGCUGCCACAGGAGGAACAUCGACAAAGUGCUAUUACACCCUGACCUUUGCUGUCACUUUCCCACACAAUGAGGAUGCCUGCUACCUGGCCUACCAUUACCCCUACACCUAUUCGGCCCUUAUGACACAUCUUGACCUCCUGGAAAAAAGUGUCAACCCAAGACAGGUCUACUUCCGGCAGGCGGUUCUUUGUCGGACUCUGGGAGGGAACCCAUGUCCACUGGUAACCAUCACGGCCAUGCCUGAGUCAACCAGCAUUCACCAUCUAGAGCAGUUCCGGCAACGCCCAUACCAAGUGAUGACUGCCCGAGUUCAUCCAGGGGAGAGCAAUGCCAGUUGGGUGAUGAAGGGGACCUUGGAGUUCCUGAUCAGCAGUGACCCUGUGGCUCGACUACUGAGGGAAAACUUCAUUUUCAAGAUUAUUCCCAUGCUCAAUCCAGAUGGUGUCAUCAAUGGCAAUCACAGAUGUUCACUCAGAGGGGAAGAUUUGAACAGACAAUGGCUUUUCCCCAGUGCUCAUCUCCAACCCACAAUUUACCACGCCAAAGGACUCCUCUACUACCUAAACAGCAUUGGAAGAAGUCCCAUGGUCUUCUGUGAUUUCCAUGGUCACUCUCAAAAGAAGAAUGUAUUCCUUUAUGGUUGUAGCAUUAAAGAAACCUUGUGGCAAAGUGCAAGUCCUGUGAGUUCAUCUACUGUCUUAGAGGAUGUCAGUUACAGGACUCUUCCCAAAAUCCUUGAUAAGCUAGCACCGGCAUUCACAAUGGGCAGCUGUAGCUUCCUCAUCGAGAAAUCCCGAGCCUCCACAGCCAGGGUCGUGGUGUGGCGAGAGAUGGGAGUGUCCAGAAGCUACACCAUGGAGAGCAGCUACUGUGGCUGCAACCAAGGCCCGUAUCAGGUAUGUGAGUGACUGUGGAAAAGGACCAAGAAUGAGUGACUUGUGCAGUGUGAUGGCACACAAGGUCGACAGUUUGGUACCUGUGAAUUGGAGGAGAUGGGAGCCAUGUUUUGCUUGGGCCUCCUCAUCUUGGAACUCAAAUCUGUAAGCUGUAGUCAUCAACUCCUGGCCCGUGCAUCAGCUGUGUUGAAUGCAGAGUCAGAGGUUCUGGAUUACCACCUCCAGAGGUAA